AAAAAACCCCUUUCAAACAAAACCAAGAAUAAUGGCCUCUGUUGAACAUAACGAUGAUCUUAUUGAUUACGAAGAAGAAGAUGAACAUUUAGUUGAUCAAAAGCCCACAACCAAUGAACCUGAAACAAAUGGGGAAGACGAUAAAAAAGACAAAAAAGGUUCCUAUGUUGGUAUUCACUCGACUGGUUUCCGUGAUUUCUUAUUGAAGCCUGAACUCUUGAGAAGUAUCGUUGACUGUGGUUUUGAACACCCUUCUGAAGUCCAGCAAGAAUGUAUUCCUCAAGCUAUUCUCGGUAUGGAUGUUCUCUGUCAAGCCAAGUCUGGUAUGGGUAAGACUGCUGUCUUUGUGCUUGCUACCCUUCAACAAAUUGAACCUGUGAAUGGUGAAGUCUCUGUGAUUGUCCUGUGUCAUACGCGUGAAUUGGCUUUCCAGAUCAAGAACGAAUAUGCUCGUUUCAGCAAGUACUUGCCUGAUAUUCGUACUGAAGUAUUCUAUGGUGGUGUGCCUAUGACAAAGGAUGUUGAAAUCCUUAAAGAUAAGGCUAGAUGUCCUCAUAUCCUUGUGGGUACACCUGGUCGUGUUUUGGCCUUGGUGCGUGACAAGCACUUGCCUUUAAACUCUGUCAAGCACUUUGUUUUAGAUGAAUGUGAUAAAAUGCUGGAACAAUUAGAUAUGCGUCGUGAUGUACAAGACAUUUUCCGUGCUACUCCUCACCACAAACAAGUCAUGAUGUUCUCUGCCACACUUGCUAAAGAAAUGCGUCCUGUCUGUAAGAAAUUCAUGCAAAAUCCAUUAGAAAUCUAUGUCGAUGAUGAAGCCAAAUUGACAUUACACGGUCUUCAACAGUUCUACAUCAAGUUGGAAGAGAAAGAAAAGAACCGUAAACUCAAUGAUUUGUUGGAUACAUUAGAAUUCAACCAAGUCUGCAUCUUUGUUCGCUCUGUUGCCCGUGCCAAUGAACUUAACCGUAUCUUGUCUGACUGUAAUUUCCCCAGUAUCUGUAUUCACUCACAAAUGAGUCAAGAAGAGCGUAUUAAGCGUUACAAGUCAUUCAAGGACUUUGAAAAGCGUAUCAUGGUAGCCACAGAUAUCUUUGGUCGUGGUAUUGAUAUUGAACGUGUCAAUAUUGUCAUCAAUUAUGAUAUGCCUGACAGUGCUGAUUCUUACUUGCACCGUGUGGGUCGUGCUGGUCGUUUUGGUACAAAGGGUUUAGGUAUUACUUUUGUCUCUGAUGAAAAAGACACUGAAGUGUUGAAUUCUGUGCAAAGCAGAUUCGAAAUCAACAUUCAAUCUCUUCCUGAAGAAGUUGAUAUCAACACUUACAUGACUGCUUAG